ACAUAUGAAAUCUCAUGCCCGGUGAAGCAAAAUGAAACGAGGAGAUGUGGUAUUAUUCGGUAAAAAAAUAUGACUGCCGGAAAUCACCCCAGACAUUCUAUAACAAGAGGAUAUUCUAGAAGGAGUAAAUGGUCCAGUAAUGAUAUCUUUCGAAUGGAUAUUAUCGGAUAAUGAAAUUACCGGGAUAACGGAACAAUGCCAAAAGAAUGUGGAGAACGGAACAAUGCCAAAAGAAUGUGGAGAACGGAAUAAUGCCAAAAUAAUGUGGAGAAAGGAACAAUGCCAAAAGAAUGUGGAGAACGGAAUAAUGCGGAGAACGGAACAAUGGC